AUGAAACUCAACGGUUGGUGCCACAAGAAGAAUAACUUAUUUCUGAUAUAUGACUACAUGCCAAAUGGCAGCUUGUAUUCUCAUCUUUUUCAUAGGGAGAGUAUCUUAUCGUGGCAUGUGAGGUACAACAUAGCUUUAGGCUUGGCCUCAACAUUGUUUUACCUACAAGAAGAGUUUGAAAAAUGUGUUCAUAGGGACAUCAAAUCAAGCAACAUACUGUUGGACUCUAAUUUCAGUGCUAAGCUUGGGAAUUUUGGCCUGGCAAGGCUUGAGGGUCGUGAGAAAUGGUCAAAAACAAAGGCUAGAAAGGAAACUGACAUGUUCAGCUUUGGGGUUGUUUUGUUGGAGGUAGCAAGUGGAAGAAAAGCCAAUGACCAAGAAGAGAAAGAGGGUCAACCUCAAGUAUCACUAGUUGAGUGGGUGUGGGAGCUCUAUAGACAUGGAAAUCUCCUUGCAGCAGCAGAUCCAAACUUGAAUGGGGAAUUUGAUGUGCAGCAAAUGGAAUGCUUGCUUGUUAUUGGUGUUUGGUGUGCUAAUUCAGAUAGCAAGACAAGGCCCUCUAUAAGGCAAGUGAUUAAGAUGCUUAACUUUAUUCUAACAUACCCAUUCCAAGAUCCUUCAUAUUGA